UGUUUCCGGUGCUCCUCCAUGUGUUGGUGUGCCUGCUCCGGCUCGGUUCGUGUCUCCGGUUCGGUCCUCGGGCUUUUCGGGGUUCUGUCGGUGGAAGAUGCCGGUCGGCGGCAGCUCUUUGUUCUCCGGGUUCCGGGUUCUGGGUCUGUACUCUGACCACGUGCCGCACGCGCUCCGGUACCACAAGAAGCACCGGGAGUUUUACGUGGUGACGUCGGUGGGAAAAUGUUUCCAUACGUUCAAUGUGAACAGGUUGGGCAUCGUGGCUGUCAGUAACAGCCUAUCAGAGGACAUCUCCUGCCUGGCGGCCGACAGGAUGUUAGUGUUCGCCGCCGCCGGACGAAUGGUGUUCGCCUUCGCCAAGAACAAAGAGGUGGUGAUGCGUUUCCAUGGUCACCAGCAGGACGUACGUCUGCUGCUUCCUCUCGGUGAUCAGCUGAUCUCUGCUGACAGCGGCGGUGAUGUUAUCGUGUGGGACGUCCAAAGCAGUGAAAUCUACCUGCGGCUGCAGUUUGACACAGCGACCUUUGACCUGUCGGCCAUGAUGCACCCCAGCACGUACCUGAACAAGGUGCUGCUGGGAAGUUCCCAGGGUGCACUGCAGCUGUGGAACAUCAAGACCAGUAAGUUGCUGUACACGUUUCCUGGCUGGUCAGUAGGGGUCACUGUUCUGCAGCAGAGUCCUGCGGUCGAUGUCGUUGGCAUCGGCACGGCAACAGGCCGCAUCAUCAUACACAACAUCCGAUUGGACGAGACUCUGAUGAGCUUCACACAGGACUGGGGACCAAUCAGCUCGCUGGCUUUCAGGACAGAUGGUCCUCCCAUCAUGGCGUCAGGGAGUCCACAGGGCCACAUUGCAUUCUGGGAUUUGGAGCGCCGUCAACUGGUGACUCAGCAUAGAAACGUCCACAGCACAGCCAUCGCCGGGGCAACCUUCCUGCACGGAGAACCGCUACUGGUCACAAACGGAGCCGACAACGCCAUCAAAGUUUGGAUAUUUGAUCAGGAAGGGGGUGGAGCCAGGCUCUUGCGGAGUCGACAAGGCCACAGUGCCCCACCCACCACCAUCCGUCACCAUGGCAAUGAUGGGAAAAACAUCCUCAGUGCUGGUCAGGACGGGACACUGCAGUCCUUCUCCACCGUCCAUGAGCGCUUCAACAAAAACCUGGGCCACGGCUCCGUUAACAAGAAAAAAGAGAAGAAGAAGAAGAAGGGCGUGGCCUAUGAGCAGCUGCGACUGCCGCCCAUUACUGCGUUCGCUUCAGCGGCGGUGCGUCAGGCGGACUGGGACUCCAUCGUUUCGUGUCAUCGUGGUCGAAGCUCCGCCUCCACGUGGAGCUACUCCAGGUGCACCAUGGGAGCUUACCACCUGCAGCCACCUGGAGCACACAGGGAUGCAGUUGCUACGGCUGUUGACAUCACUUCCUGUGGGAACUUUGCUUUGAUUGGCUCAUCGUGUGGACGUGUUGACGUCUAUAACCUGCAGUCAGGUCUGCAUCGAGGAUGCUACGGCAACGACAAAGCUCACAGCGGAGUGGUUCGAGGCGUCGCCACGGAUACACUGAACCAGUUAACAGUCACCACCGGCUCUGAUUGGCUGCUGAAGUUCUGGAGAUUCAAAAGCAGGAACAGGAGGAGCAUAAAGCUAACGGCUGCACCAGCCUGCAUGAUGCUACACAGAGACAGUGGGAUGCUAGCAUUAGCACUGGAUGACUUCACGCUGCUGGUUGUUGACAUGGAGACUAGACGAGUCGUCAGGAAGUUCGCCGGUCACCAUGGAAGUAUCAACGACAUGACGUUCAGCCCUGACGGUCGCUGGUUGGUUACCGUUGCCAUGGAUUGUACCAUCCGGACCUGGGACCUCCCCUCUGGAAGCCUCAUCGACUGCUUUUUGGUUUCCAUGGCACCAGUGGGCGUGUCCUUGUCCCCUACAGGAGACUUUCUGGCAACAUCACACGUGGACAGUGUGGGCGUGUACCUCUGGACCAAUAAGAGUUUGUGUGGGCCUGUUGGGCUCCGCCCCCUUCCUACUGACUACCAGCCGACCAAUGAGACGCUACCAGGCACCGCAGCAGACGAGCCACAACAGGAAGUGACAUCAGAGGAGGCUGAUGACACCUAUGAGUCUGUGGAGCAGCUGGGGGCGGAGCUUGUGACACUUAGUCUGGAGCCAGAGUCGCGAUGGAAGAGUCUACUGCACAUCGACAUCAUCAAGAGACGGAACAGACCCACGGCGCCCCCUGUGGCUCCUCCCACUGCGCUUUUCCUGCCCACAGUUCCUGGCCUCACGCCUCGCUUCUCGUUGCCCAUGGCAACUGAACAAGAUGCACAGUCGAAGGUUUUGAGCUGGGGGUCAUUGGGUCAGAGGUCAGAGUUCAGCUCGGCUCUGGAAGCAGCUCUACAGACCGGAUCCUUUGAUCGCCCCAUGCGGCUCCUGAAGGAUUGUGGGCCGUCUGCGGUUUCCUUGGAGAUCACAGCACUGUCACCAGAAGGGGGUGGAGCCAGUCACCUGCUGCUUGCCUUUAUUCACAUGAUUGACAGCAUGUUGGCUAGUGGGCGGGACUUUGAUCUAGCUCAUGCCUACCUGGCACUUUUCCUGAAGGUCCACCUUCGCUCACUGUCACAUGAUGCAGUUGCCAUGGAUACACUGCUCCGCCUCUCUGAGCGGCUGGAGUCGAGGUGGGCGGAGCUACGAGCUUCGUUUGACCAGUCAUUGUGUCUGCUGUCAUACACCAAGAGUGCCCUCCUGUGA